AUGGCCGUGGCAGACGGCUGCUGUUGGAACAUUUUGAAGAGGAUUUACGCCCCGCGACCCCUCAGUACCCCGGCGAUUAAACUUAACAAUACGGUACUCACGGAAAAUCAGAAAGCGAAGCACUUUAUCCGCUUAUAUUCAAGACGAGCUCAACGUCACCCACAUUCCUGCCCUCCAGCACCCAUUCCUGCCACCGAUACAGAAUUCAUCCCCAUUACAACAGCAGAACUGGAACGGGCACAACGUCUCCUUCCUAAAGGGACGGCCGCAGGUCCAGAUGGUAUCUACGGCGAGGCACUCCAACACUUGGGACCCCGUGCCAAAGCGGAGACUCUUGCCCUUUUCAACAAGAGCCUCCGUACGGGCGUUGUUCCAGUCUCUUGGAAAGUAGGCAUUAUUGUGCCACUUCUUAAACCAGGGAAGAAGGCCACCGACUUGGAUUCAUUCAGACCAGUUACCCUCACUAGUUGUCUGUCCAAAUUAAUGGAACGGAUC